AGAACGGAGGACUCCAUUGCUGUUCGGAGUGUGUUUCUCGUCGGCCGUGUCGUAUUGCGUGUCUGUCCGCGCUUUCGUGCACACAAGUUUACCUUCCACGUUGGCCGGAGAUUGUGAAUCAAGUAUCCUUUGUGUCUAGUGCCUAAGCGAUAUUUGAAAUCGUCGAGCGUACCAAGACGUAAAAACGAGCCAAAAUGGCUGAUCAACUCACAGAAGAGCAAAUUGCAGAAUUUAAGGAAGCAUUUUCGCUAUUCGACAAAGAUGGAGAUGGUACCAUUACAACCAAAGAGUUGGGUACAGUUAUGCGAUCGCUAGGUCAAAAUCCUACAGAAGCAGAGCUUCAGGAUAUGAUCAAUGAAGUGGAUGCAGAUGGUAAUGGCACAAUCGAUUUUCCGGAAUUCUUAACCAUGAUGGCUCGCAAAAUGAAGGAUACUGACAGCGAGGAGGAAAUUAGGGAGGCCUUCAGAGUAUUUGAUAAGGAUGGAAAUGGUUUCAUAUCUGCAGCGGAACUCAGACAUGUUAUGACAAAUCUUGGCGAGAAACUCACUGAUGAGGAAGUAGAUGAGAUGAUUCGGGAGGCUGACAUUGAUGGUGAUGGCCAAGUGAAUUACGAAGAAUUUGUCACAAUGAUGACAUCAAAGUGAAUGCAACAUGUGUAAUGGAAAAACUUGCAACUUGGAGUGGUGUUGACGUAUUAAAAUAAAUCAAGAAACAAAGAAAAAAAUAAUGUUAACAAAAUGCGAAUUGACCAGAACGUGAAAAAAAAUCUUAUAUCUGGACGCAAAGAUGUCUAUAAAACGCGAAAAAAGUCAACGUCCGACAUGCGUUAAUCAUCAUUAACGAUAAGUAAUACAGGGCAAUUGUUUAAUUAAAGAGUUAUACCACUAAAAUCAUUAUCUCUAAAUACACAAAAUACUUAACCACAGACAACAUGAACAUAAAAGUACAGUUACACAGGCACGAACACAAAUAUGCAGCACAUACACAUACAACAUACUCGUAUAUAUACAAGAGAUGAUUUAUUUCCAUAUAAAAGAAUAUAAUUAAAAAGUGUUAGAUAUAUAUAUAUAUAAAAAACAGACGCGCAUGUUUGUUGAUGAUAAAAAGUACAUUCACAGUACGUUAUCUUGCUUUCCUCUCUUUUCAGCCUUUUCCUGUUUCUUCUUUGCAUAAAUCUGAAAAUUAUUUCACAUAUUUCUUUCCUUUCUCAAUAAAUCACUAAUAACAAAAAUUGAAUCGACGAGUAGGAAAAUGGAAAAGUAUUAAAAGAAAGGAAAGAUCUUUACGUGCUGCUACAGCACAUUAUGUAAAUUCGUUUAGGUGAAUUGAAAAUUUAUUCUGUUUAAAUCUAGAAACGUACUCGUAAUGAAUGUCAUCGAUACAGCGCUUGCCGUAGAGAAAACUUUAUCAGUAACGUACAUGUCGAGCGUUUGUUUUGUUUUGCCAAAGAAAAUUCGAGAUUUAGCAUCGUUUUUCCAGAGUUCAAUCUUUGGCUUAUCGAUGACUUCGUACAUUCUAUAUUACGUUGUAACGAAUAAUUUAAUUCUUCUAAUAACCGAAAAAUCAGGAAUAAAAGUGUAUAAUGAUAAAAAAAAAAACUGAAACCACGAAAAAUUAAGAGAUGCGUAGUGCAAUCUUAAACUUAUGUUCGCGUAGAAUCUUAAAAGGUUUACGAAAUUGAAUCAUAUUGAAUUCUUAGUAAAAUUUCUUUCUUCAUGAUUUGUGGGAUUUAUUAUGUCUUCUUUGAACCUAUGUACAUGACACAAUAUUACACAAAAACACAUACCAAAAAAAAGGAAAAAAAGAAAAAAAAUAACAUAACACAUUUCACCAAGUGCGUUCUGUAUUCAAUUUCAUUAUAGCCUUCUUCUUCAUAAGAACACAUCUAAGUUUGUAUCUUGUCUCUACUGAGAAAGCCUUAAAACGCGUGCGCGCGUUACACAACGUCGACACCACUUUUGUUGAAAUCUAAAGAAAUCACAGAGAAAUAGGGAAGAGGGAUUUAAAAAAAAAAAAGGAGGCAAGUCACAGUGAUCGGUGCACUAUAUUUUCCUUCGCCCAGGGGUGCGUGCCAGUCUCGCAAGCGGAGCAACUAGAACCGGAGAAACUGGUGUGAUUUUGUGCGAUUCGUACGAUAAUGUUACUUAAGAACUAAGAGUAAAAGAACAAACACCGAACGGUGGCAACACAUGCGUGUCGGUGGUUCAGUCAUAAUAUAUAUGUAAUAUAUAUUAUAUAUACAUAUAUAUAUAUAUGCAUAUAUAUAUAUAUAUAAAACUAAUUUACGAAAAAAGGAAGAAAAGAAGAAAGAAUUCCUCCACAGUCCUUUAUUAUUUAAUAUUGAAGUGAACAAAAUGAGAAGUACUUGUAUUUCUGGUGACCUAGAUCGCAUUGAUCAUAAAAAGACAAAAUAAAUGUAUCCUCAUUUUUAGGUCACAACUACUCAAUUCGUUUCCUUCAUUAACCAAUGGACCUCUCGUUUCAGCCGUUUUUAUCUCAUCGUCAUUUUUCGAAUGGCAUCUAGAAAUAGUUUGCCGACAAAUGUAUAUGUAUAAAUUCACUGUCAACAAAGAUUCGCGUUAACAUAUCUUAAACAAAAAGUUUCAUCGAUUCGAAAGCCUUUUAUAGAAAUAUUAUAAGGCAUACGAAUCGUAAAAUAAUGAAAAAAAAUUCUUAACUAUUUUACUUCACUUGCGAUCGUUCUGAUAGCUGUUAUCGUUAUUGUGAACACAGAAGUUAAAAUUUAGUGAUUUACGGCGAAAAUGUUCUCACUUUGUAAAAAUGAAAAAAAAAAAAUUUAU